AUGCACCUCUUGCCAGUGUCUUCAUGGCCGAUGCAUUUUCGUUACCGGAUCAGCCCUCGACUGGUCUGGGUUCUGGGGGCCUUCUCACUUUUCUAUACGCUCACGCUGUUAUAUUGCCGGUCUACUAGCUACCGCGAUCCUUCAUCUGUAUUCUUUGACCCCAGUCGCGCCUAUGGCCAUCAGUACUCGGCACAUCGUGCUGCGCAGGCAGAGGAGUACAUCACCUCGAUUAGUCGCUCAGGACGGCAUAAGGUCGAUCAUGAUGAGCCGCCUUUGAUCUGCUUAGGCAUCGCCACAGUCGCCCGUCGUGGCACGCAGUAUGUGCGAACCACAGUGGGAUCGUUGUUUGCAGGACUAUCGCAGGAUGAGAGGGACUCAAUAUUCUUUGAUUUCCUCAUAGGUCACACUGAUCCGGCCAAACAUCCCGUCUUCGCCGAACACUGGCUGGAUGUCCUCCCUGAUCGAAUACUUCAGUACCCCAACGACACCGCAGAGCUUGACCAGCUGCGAAUAUGGGAAGAAGGAGGAUGGUACAGGAAUAAAUCCAUUCACGACUAUAGAUACCUGCUGGAGGACUGUUUUGAUACUGGAGCCCACUAUAUUGCAAUGGUCGAGGACGAUACCUUGGCUGUCGAAGGCUGGUUCAGACGCUUGCUCAACGCUCUCACCCUCAUUAGACUCAAGAAGGACGGUGCCCGUUCCGGCCAGCAUUGGCUGUACCUUCGUCUCUUUUACACCGACGACCUGCUGGGAUGGAACAGCGAACAGUGGCCGACGUAUCUGUUCUGGUCUUUCGAUGUCUGGGUCUUCCUCCUGACAGUUUUGUUAACAACCAGGAGACGCUUUCCGAGUCAGCUGGAAUUCUUCACCAAUGAAGUGGUGGCUGUGAUCGCCCUCGUCUGCAUCCCGGCCAUGAUCAUCUUAGUCUUCCUCGCAGGGAAGCAGACGACCAUGCCCAUGAGGCCUGGCGUGCAAGAGAUGAACAAAUACGGAUGCUGCUCGCAGGGCUUUGUCUUUCCCCGAGACGUGGUUCCACACGUCUUGGACAAGUUGAGGAUUGAGACCAAAGGACUGGUCGACAUGCAGAUUGAAAAGAUUGCAGAUGCCGGAGGGUUCGUCCGUUGGGCUAUCGUUCCACCCGUUUUGCAGCACAUGGGCGCCACCAGCUCCAAAGGAUAUGGCUUUGACGAUAACGCUCGGCGAAUAUGGAGCUUCCGCUUCGAGGAAUAUCCUUAUGACUAG